AAUCACUAGUCAAGAUGGCGACGACCUGCGCGCAAACUGUAAGGCGAGCGUGCAGGUUUAUGUUUGGACGUCCUGGCUUUGCGGCGAGCGGCUCCAUUUUCCCGUCGCGUUGCUUUCGGAACGCUCCGCCGAGCAGUAAUGAUGGAGUGUUGGGGAUCACUGGAGUUGCCCUGCCACAAAGAGGAGGAAGCGGAGGCCAGCGACCCAGGAGAGGAGAAACCGUAUGGACGGCGGCAACGGCAGCCUUUUUGUUUUUCGGCUCAUCCGAAGAGGUGCCGAGCAGCGAGGAGGAGCUGAUUUUGCUUCUGAAGAAGGCCAAGCUCAGCAUGUUAAGGGGCGAGCUGGAGGCGGCCUCGUCCUUCCUGCACGCCGCCGUCGCCAUUGCACAACGGGAACGCCACCAAGCGGCAAUCAUCUACACGUACAGCCAGAUGGCCAACCUGGCCUACGUUCAAGGUCACAUGACUCAGGCUGAGAAGCUCUUCAAGGCGACCAUGAGCCACAUGCUGGCCAACGGGACGCCGGAGGACGACAACGCCUUUGUGGAGAUGUCCCUCAAGCUGGCCACCAUGUACGCCCAAGAGAACAAGUCGGAGCUCGCCGAGCAUGGUUUCAGGUUCUGCUUAGAGACUUUGGAGAGCAAAGUGCAAACGCUAGAGACGACGCCAGCGGAUGAGCGAACAGAGGCCGAUGAGGUUCUGAGGAAGGACACCCAUCUGCUUCUGGGUUUGUGUUUGGACUCUCACGCUCGCUACCUGGCGGCCACAAAGCGACUGACCCAGGCCGCCGCCCACUACCGCAGAGCUUUGGAUAUCUGCCGGCAGGAGCAGGGUCCGCAUCACCAUCAGACGCUGGUCCUGAUGAGUGACCUGGCCACCAUUUUGGAUAUGCAGGGUCGCCACGACGAUGCCCUGGCGCUUAUCAGUCAGGCAGUGGACGGGGGCCGAGUCUCGGGACACCAGGACCUUCACGUCCUCCUGGCCAACAUGGCCGCUCUCCUGCUGCACGCAGGUCGCCGCGACGACGGCCUGCGCACCUACCGCGAGGCCCUCGAUCUGGCGCGGGAAGUGGAUGACGGCGAGGCUGUCCGGCACAUCUUGCAGAACCUCAACCGGGCCACCAAGACCGACCCCAGCCCAGAGGAGGCGGAGCAACAUGCUGCUUAGAUGAGGGUCAUAGGUCAAAAGGAGGGGAGAGGAAAUAAAGGAGGUUGAAAUCAA